AUGGAAGGCUCUGAAAAUAUUGAAGAGACGCUCAUCGGCGAGCCCUAUUCGAGUUUGGUCUUUUCGCCGAAUAACAAGUAAGAUUUUGUUGGGCUUUGGUUGAAAGUGUCAAUUUUGGCAGAUAUCUGAUCGGUUCGGCCGGUUCGACGUGCGAGCUGAUUGUCGAGAAGAAGCCGGACUUUCGUCGACGUCUCAAACACGAUUCCGACGUCGUCGCCGCGUUUUUCCAGACAAACGAGCGUCUGGUGACUGUUACCGUCAGUGGAGAGGUCACCGAAUUCGAGGCAAACGAGCAAAAGUUCGAGAAGAUUGUCUCGCGAAGAGUCACCGCGUUUCCCGUUGUGUAAGCGAUUUGUGCAAAUUUGCCUGAAUUUCCAUGCGAUACCGACAAAAAGCUAGAAUUUGUCGAAAUCGUAUAGAAAAUCAACGCCGCGUGACAGCACGUAAAAAGGAAGGCAUUAGGAACGAUUUUCAGACUCAUCUAUCGGACGAAUUUGUACCCAUUCAUAAAUUUUGAUAUUUUUGCAUUUUGUAUCGAAUUUUAAUUUUUAGCGCCGCGUUCCUGCAACCGUCGAAGAGCGAGGAGGACAAAGAGCUCGUCGUGUGGCUCGUCGUCGAGAAGAGCGAGUGGAAGAAGGAGAAGGAGGAGGCGUCGACGUACGACGUGUGCGUGACCGGCGCCAACGGCUCUCUCGACAAGGUGCUCGAGAUUCCGGCGGGAGUGCGUCGCGAGCAAAUCGCCAUCGCCGACGGCGUCGUUUCGUACUGUCGCGGGCUCGAAGUGCACUCGAUCAUUCUCAACGACGACGAUCGGAGUGUCGUGAAGCGGACGAAGCACGUCACCAAAAAUGGCGGCGGAGAGGGUGAGUGUCUCUUCUAUUUAAGCCUUUUUUGGUGA